UUCCUCUCCCACUGGAUGGUCUUGCCCGUGGUGGAUGAGCCUGUCGGUGUUGAUUUUAAAAUAAAAACUGUAGAGCUAAGAGGAAAGAAAAUUAGACUACAGAUCUGGGACACAGCAGGUCAAGAGAGAUUCAACAGCAUUACCUCAGCUUAUUACAGAAGUGCCAAGGGGAUCAUAUUAGUAUAUGAUAUUACUAAGAAGGAGACAUUUGAUGAUUUGCCAAAAUGGAUGAAGAUGAUUGAUAAGUAUGCUUCCGAAGAUGCAGAACUUCUCUUAGUUGGAAAUAAGUUGGACUGUGAAACUGACAGAGAAAUCACCAGACAGCAGGGUGAAAAGUUCGCACAGCAGAUAACCGGGAUGCGGUUCUGUGAAGCAAGUGCCAAGGAUAACUUCAAUGUGGAUGAAAUAUUUCUGAAACUUGUUGAUGACAUUCUGAAAAAGAUGCCUCUGGAUAUUUUAAGGAAUGAGCUGUCCAAUAGUAUCCUCUCCUUACAACCAGAACCUGAAAUUCCACCAGAAUUGCCUCCACCAAGACCACACAUCAGAUGCUGUUGAUUUGCUACUUUGGAGACAAAGUGGGAAUGAUUCCUAGAAAGGGGAAAACGUUCUAUUCUGCACUACAAUCAUUCUGAAAAUUUCCUUUCGCACUUUGUAAUUCAAGUCAGAGCUAUACACUAACUUGUAAAUAUGCAAAUAUGCAAUCCUGGGUAAGUUUUGGUUAUAAAUUACAUAUAUCCCUCCAAAUUAUUAUAUUUCAUUCAUUAUCCCAGUGUCUAGUGCGUAUACACUGGGAAAUGUAGUACUUCUAAUAUGAAGAAUGGGAGAAAUGAAAGUUAUAGUGUUUCUUGAUAUAAAUAAUAUAAUUGUCCUUGUUAAUUAUAUUAUGGGGACAGAAGAUAUUCUGAUAAGAAGAAAGAACAUGGUGCUUUGCUUACUGAUUUAAAGAAAAUUUGUAAAACCAGAGAUUUUUUGAAAAAAAAAAAAGCUAUCUUACGUGCUUUUUCUUUAUUUACAGGACAUGUCCCUAGCUGUAGCAUUUUUGAAGUAUUGGGAGUGUUUCUAGCACAAAGCAAAGUUCCUUUCAUAGCCGUCAUUGAAGGUUAUUUAUUAAUGUGAUAUAAUGGUAGAAUAUUACUAGUUAGAGGGUAGGAUUUGACUCUGAGGCCGCAGAGUCGCUCUCAUAGUUUCUGAAUUGAUAUCCCUUAUGCUUUUAAGAACUACGAAGAUUCAAUAGAAAGAAAACGCUGCUGUCCUAAACAAAUCCUGUUUAAAGGAAUUUUAAAGAGAUACAUUUUACUAUAUCAAAGAACGUACUUGUAUUUGCCUAAACAUUCUAUACCUUUAUAAUGAUGAAACUUCUCCCCCUUAUGAAGCUUAUUCCUGUUAAUCCUAGACUGUGUUCUUUUUUUUUUUUUUUUCAGUCUGAUAAUGAAUUUGUGAACUCUAUCUUUGGUAUAUCUUUUAUUAAACUGCACUGUUUUGUUUAGUCAAGAUAAGUAAUUAUGUAUUUGAAUAACUUGGCGUGUCUUGAGUGUUGUGAUAUGAAAAGCAUUGUGGUCUUUCUACACUAAUAAAAUUUUGUAUUUAUGAAUGA